ACCCAAGAAGAGGAGGAACAGUGCGGAAAAAAAAGAGUUGCAGAGUCAAUAUUUUGUUUUGAACUGUUCCUCAGUAGUCUUCCCUCUUAUCCUCACAUUUAAGCAAACGACUUAAAAUGGAUGACGACGACGCCCCUCCAGAAUUGGUAGACGUGACGGCAUUCCCAGAGUCUCAAGAAAAGAGAGAGGAAGAAAAAGAAAAGAAAACAGAAGAUGAAGAAGUCGUCAGUCGGGUGCCCAUAACUCUGGUUACAGGAUAUCUGGGAGCUGGCAAGACAACAUUACUCAAUUACAUUCUCACGGAGCAACAUGGCAAGAAGAUUGCAGUGAUUAUGAAUGAAUUCGGAGAUUGUAAGCCAUAUAUCUCUCCAAUACCCGCAUGCUCUCACUCAUCAUACUACAUCAGCCACCGAUAUCGAAAAGUCAUUAACAGUAAACCAAAACGGCCAAGAAGUUACCGAGUGGCUCGAUGUCGGUAACGGCUGUAUUUGCUGCUCAGUCAAAGACUCCGGUGUCCAAGCGAUCGAGUCCCUAAUGGACCGUCGCGGAACCUUUGACUACAUCCUGCUUGAAACCACCGGUCUUGCAGACCCCGGCAACAUUGCCCCCUUAUUUUGGGUCGACGAUGGCCUCGGAAGCUCCAUCUACCUCGACGGUAUUGUCACACUUGUAGACGCGAAGAAUAUUCUGAGAUUACUAGAUGAGCCUACUCCAGAAGAGACGACAGCAACGCAUGCCGGUGAACAUGGUGAUCAUACUGGCCCAGCAUUGACAAUGGCCCAUCUACAGAUUUCGCAUGCAGAUGUUAUUGUCCUCAACAAAGCCGAUCUGGUAACGCCGGCUGAACUAGAGGCAACACGCCAAAGAAUCGGGUCCAUCAAUGGUGCCGCGAAGAUUCAUGUCACGGAUCAUAGUCGCACGCCGCAGAUCGAAGGCGUCGUCCUAGAUCUACAUGCCUAUGACCAACUAUCAAAGAUGGAUUUCUCGGAAAAGGGACAUGCGCAUAUUGAUCCCAAAAUUUCUACUAUUGCAUUAACGCAUCCCAGGAUUUCGCCAGACCAAAUACCGCGAGUCGAUGAAUGGCUGAUGUCGGUGUUGUGGAAGAGCGUUAUAAAGUAUCCUGGUGAUGCGCAGAAUACGCAGAAGCCGGGUUUUGAGAUCCACCGUCUCAAGGGUAUACUAGCCUUGACCGAUGGUACAUUUAAGAUCAUUCAGGCUGUGAGGGAAAUGUACGAAAUAAGAGAUUCCGAGAAUCGAGAAAGCAAGGACGAUGAGACCGAUGUACCUGAUCAUUGCAAGAUUAUUAUCAUUGGCCGUGAUCUAGGUACGUUGGCUAGUCCUUGGCAGGAGAGUUUCGCUCACGCUCUACAAGCUUGAGCCGACCCUCUGUAUAUCAAUAUAUUGAAGAAGAAAAGCAAACAUUGAAAUACAACAUAAUCGUUACUCGUAC